AUGACGAGGUACCGAUUCCCCGGUCGGACAUGCAAGAAUUCGUCGAGUCGGAAGCGCGUGCGGGGCUACUGGUCCGUCACCGACGAGGCCCUCGAGGCCGAGCAGAUCUACAAGAACCUGGUGGCCUGGCGCGCCCUGGUCGGUGCCUCGGACGACGAAGACGAGGAUUUUCUCGGAUUCACCAGCCAGGACGAGCAGCAGGCGCGCUCCACGGCCGUCAUCGAGGCCCACUCGCUCGAGAAGGAAACCGCAGCCACCGCCACCCCCAAAACAGACGAUGGAAGAGUAACAAAGCCGAAGAGGCCGGCGUCGGUGGAGCCGUGCAAGGCGAAAAUUGAGACUGAAUUGCCGAAGGCGGCAGCAGCGGCGAAGAGCGAGCCGCAGAAGAAGGAAAGUGGGGGCGGAGGGAAGAAGUGGGCCCGCGGCAAGCACGUGGAGCCGGCCUCGACGACGCCGACGACGACGACAACCGGCAAGUCGAGCAUCCUGAAGCCGUCGCUUUUGAAGUUCGAGUCGUUCAGCUCGGGCCACACGCUGGGCGCCAACUGGACGCUGAAGCCGUCGCGGCCGUGCGUGGUGUGCGAGGGCGCGGCCGGCGGCGACGAGGAGGGCGCGCAGUGCGACGCGUGCCGCCGCUUCGUGGAGCGCAUGAGCCAGCACUCUGGCCAGAAACUCAUGUGCCACCGCGGACGCGCCGUCUGCCGCAUCUCGGGCGUCGAGGUGCGCGCCCGCUGCCCCGCCUGCUGGCUCAUGAUCUGCCUGGCCAAGCUGCCCGUCCCGCACAAGACUCUCGCCAGGCUCAGGAAGUGCCUGCCCAGCAGCCUCCAGCACCAGGUCGGACCAGGAAAUCCAGUGAAAAAGGAUCCUUUGCGAGGCUGGUCGGACAACGUUCUGAACCAGACGCAGAUGGCUGCGCGGGCGCUGAUGAAAAAAGCGGCCAAGACGGCAAACAACAGCAAAAUCAAAGAGACGUCCAAGAAGCAGCAACAGCAGCUGCAGCCGGUGGAGACGGAGAAGCCGAAGCGGCAAAAGUCGCACGUGAAGGGCCCGCGGAUAAAGCACGUGUGCCGGCGGGCGUGCGUGGUGCUCGGACAGCCGCAGGCCACCUUCCCGGGCGCGCCCACCCUCGACAUCUUCAAGAAAUACGCUGCCUCCGAGGCCAAACACAAAGAGAAAAAGGCUGCUCCCAAGACCAUGGUCGAAGUGCCGCAGGAGAAGGCAGCGCCAGCGGCGGCGAGCGCAGCGUCGCCUGCCGCGUCGACGCUGCCGCCCGAGCUGCUCGGCCUGCCGGCGGCCGCGCCGACCAAGGCCGAACCGCCUGCAGGCUGGAUCUGCGUCGACUUUGAAGCGACCGAGGCGACCGGCGUGCCCGUGAUGAGCGCCGUCGGCACUUCCAACCUGCCGCCGGCCCUCUGCGUCCUCUGCGGAAGUGCCGGAAAGGAAGAGUUACUAUUCUGCGCUAUGUGCUGUGAGCCGUACCACAUUUUCUGCCUGAAGACCAAUCCGCAGCUGAACAAAAUGUGGGUUUGCGAGCGUUGCGAGUUGUGCGGCUCGUGCGAGAAGCCGACCAUGAACCACUUGGACCUGGCGCGCUGUCAAAAGUGCGCUCUGCCCUUCCACAAAGCUUGCCUCGCCGAGAAACCCGCCGCUGGGAGACCCUGGGAAUGUCCGGCGUGCAACAUUUGCCGAAGCUGCGGGCUGGCCGUUCCGAACAUGAAAUCGGCAGGGAACGCCUCGUUUUGCCCGCCGUGCUACAAACUUAGACUGAAAGGGAAUUUUUGCCCUCACUGUCAGCAGUGCUACAAAGAUGACGACUACGAUACAAAGAUGGUGGAGUGCGCCGAGUGUUUGAGCUGGGUGCACGCGAGCUGCGAAGGCAUCUCGGACGAAAAGUACCAAAUCCUGAGCAUCCUGCCCGAGUCGAUCGAGUUCCACUGCAAGAACUGCACGCCGGAAGUGCCGCCGCUCUGGUCGCAGGCGGUCGACAACGAAAUGCGCAACGGAAUCAUGAACGUGGUGACCAGCCUGGCCAAACAGCAGAGCGUCAAGCUGUCGCCCAACAAAAGGGUCAAUCUGGAGGCCGAGCAGCAGAAGGAAAAGGAAAAAGAAAAGGAAAUAGAAAAGGAAACGGAGCCCCAAGUGCAAAAGGCCAAAGAGGCCAAGCAAGAAGACAAGACUGACGCUGAGCCCGCGCCGCCAGCGCUCCAACCGAAGGAGGAGAAAAAGGACGAAAAGAAAGAGGAGAAAAAGGACGAAAAGAAAGAGGAGAAAAAGGACGAGCCCAAAAUCAAGGUAAAGGACGAAAAGGAGCUGAUGCCGGUGGAGCAGAUAAAGCGGGAGCCGCAGGUGGAGGCGGCCAAGAUGAAACUGGACUUUGAAGAGGGCAACUUGCCGCAGCUGGUGGUGCGUCUGACCGACUGCGUCAAGCAGAAGGCCAAGGCGACGCAGACGCUCAAGCUGAAGCAGAUCCGCGAGGCGUACAACAUCAAGGAGUGCUCGGUGCAUUUGCGCAAGUGCGCCCUGCCCGCCGAGAGCAAGCCGCCGCCGCCGACGACGACGCCGCCUCCGAUGGAGGUGGCGGUGCCGCAGACGCCGCCGCAGCCGGACAAAAACGCGAACUACGACGCCACGCCGAGCAAAAUGAGCACGCCGCCCAAAGCCGAGCCUUCCACCUCGGCAAUCGCAGAGGAGGAGGAAAAGGAGAAAAAGGUGUUCAUAGAACUGGACGACGAAAAUGCCGCGACGGGCCACUCGAAGCCGUCCGAGACCAAAAAAGCAGAGAUCGACGUGAAGGCGCUCUCGCUGGUGCUGCGCAAGGCCAGUCUCGGCACCUACGACAGCCUCGCCGCCUUCGACGCCGAGCUGCGCCACGAGGUGCUCAGACAGAAGCACGACUCCGUCCUCGACACCUACGCACAGCUGCUCGCAGAAAAUUUCCCCUGGUUCAAAGCCGGAACCGUCGAGCCGGAGAGCAAGACGGCCAAGACGCCCACAGACAAGGCGAAACCUCCUGCCGAUGGUAAGGGCGAAAAGAAGAGCCUGAGCCAGCUGUACACGGCGGCGUUCAAGGACAAUCGGGUGUGCGCGCUGUGCCACGGGUGCGGCGACGCGUCGGGCGGCGAGGGCGGCGAGCGGCUUCUGCACACCGGGAGCGCGCCGCCGCUCGACUGGGUGCACGCCAACUGCGCCCUGUGGAGCUCGGAGGUGUACGAGGACCGCGCCGGGGUGCUGCACUGCGUGGCGCCGCCCGGCGGCGCCUUGUCGCGGGCGCCGCGGACGCGGUGCGCCGAGUGCGGUGAGCGCGGCGCCACGGUCGGCUGCUGCCACGGCGCCGCGUGCCACAACUCGUACCACUGGCCGUGCGUGCUGGCGCAACUCAAGCUCGGCCGGCCGAUCUUCCUCGACCACGCCGAGAUGGCCCUCUACUGCGCAGAACACGGACAGCAGCGCCGAAUGCUCGCCGAGCUGGACGACUCGCUCGACGACUCUUUCGACGAUGAGCUCGAUUUUCCGCUGCCGAGGAAGCUCAAGGUGGAGCCUGCGCGAAGCAAGAAGCGCUACGCCGACCCUGUCUGCGUCCAGAUGACCAUCGGCUCGCUCAGAGUGGAGCGAUUGGGCGUGAUCAGUUCGAGCGUGUGCCACGACGAGACGCGCGACGUGCUGGUGCCGCACGGCUUCGUGGCCAAGCGGCUCUUCUGGUCGACCAAGGAGCCGUGGAAGAUCGUCGAAUACGUGAUCGUGACAGAGCUGGAGGUGGAGACGACGGUCGACGAGGCGCUGGCCAGGGACAUCAACCUCACCGUCGAGCACGGCGCCCACGGAGCACCGGCAGAGGUCAUGGAGAAAAACCUCAGGGUGCUCAGGCACAUCCAACAGCAGGAACUCAUCGAUCUGUCGCGAGACAACGAACUGAACGGCAAGGACAACGCGGACGACCUGCUGCUGCCUCCAGACCUGAAGGAAACCAUCUUCCAAGACCUGAACAACGAGCUUCUCGAAGGCAUAUCCAUGCAAGACAUUUUCACCAAACUGCUGGCAGACGACCUGAGCAAGGAAGAAGCGUCGGACGGCGAGGAAAACCCAAUCCGCGAGGUGGUCGACCUGCUUUUGGACCAGGUAGAACACGAGGUUCGCUCGCGCAAGCGCCCCAGGCCCUUUGGCUGCGGCGCCGACGACGAAUUGGCCGCGAAAAUGAUGCGGCCGGCGCCGCGGCUGUCCCAACUUGACGGCGCCGACGACAGCUCGAGCGAUUCCGAAGAAUCGAGCAAGCCUGACGACGCUGAGGUCAACGUUGAGGUUGAAACGUCCCUUCGCGGCGUCGGCGACUCGGACGAGGGCCCCGUCAAGUGCAAGUCCUGCAAACGCACCUACAGAACAAAGGCGAGUUACGACAAACACCUGCCGUCGUGCACGGAGGUGAGCAGCGAGUCGAGUGACGAGUCGAGCGAGAGUCCGACGACGUCUCGGGUCAGCGCCAAGACUGCCAAGUUCGGCACGGUGGUGGUCAAGACCAAGCUGGUCGUCAUGCAGAGUCCGGACAAGAAUCAAAAGCGGAAAAGAGAGUCGCGCGCGGUGCGGCGGGCCGUCAAGCUGGCCGCCAAGCCCUCGGACUCGCAACCGCCGCCGCAGCACCAACAGCAGCACGUCCACCACCAGCACCAUUCCAUGCAGCACCAGGUGCAAUACCAGCAGCCGAGCGUGUCGGAAAAGACGAAUUUCGCGCCUCAGCUGUACCACCACCAGGAGGCGACGCCGCAGAUCGUGCUGGGGCAGAACGCGGCGCCGAUCUACAUGGCGCCGCCGACCGUGUACUACAUCAACGUGGCGCCGCCGCCGCCCCCGCAGCCGGCCAAGCAGAAUUUCCUGCUGGUGAACGGGCCGGACGGCCAGCAGAAUUUAGUGUGCGUGCCGAGCGCCGAGCCGGAGCCCACCAGCUCCAUCAUCCUGCCGCAGGCCUACGGAAACGUCGUCUACACCGCCGGCGGCGGCGCCGCCUUCGUCACGCAGGCGCCGCUCAUGCAAAACCACAUGACCUUCCUCGACCAACAACCGCAACUUGUCAACACGCCCAACGGACUCUUCCUCACCAAUGCGUCGUCGUUGGGUCUGGGCCACUCGCACGCGCCGUUCGUGCUGCCGAGCAUGGGUUUGGGCCAGCACCAGCACCAACACCAGCACCACGAGCUCAAGGACCCGUUCAUGGCGCCGUCGUUCACGCCCGACCUGCAGAUCAAGCAGGAGCCGAGUCCCGCGCUCCAGCUGAUGAGCCCGACGCCGCCGCUGCUCUCGCUGAGCCAGCUGGCGGCGCCGCAGCCGCCUCCUCAGCCGCUCUCGGCGCCGCCGCCCCCGCAGGCCUACUACCAGCGGCCCCUGCUGCCGCCCCCGCCCGCCGUCCUGCCUCCGCUGGCCGCCUACCGGCGGCCGCCGCUCGUCCAGCGGCCGCCGCCGGCCCAGAUCAAGACGGCCACGCGCUCCUACGUGGAGGCGCCGCCGCCCGUCAAGGCGGCGGCCACCGCCGUCUCGGCGGCCGCCACGCCGCCCUCGAAGCAGCCCCUGCUGCCCGCGCCGGCGCAGCCGCCUCCGCCGCGGACCGCCCUGCAGGAGAAGCAAAUUUGCGAGACGAUGGUGGUGAAGAUCACGGCGAGCGCGAGCGUCGGCACGCAGACGUCGCGCUGCCAGACACCGAGCGCGGUGUCCGUGAAGAAGGAGGCUGAGCCGGACGACAAGACGGGCAUCAGGUUCAAGAUCCAGAGCGCCGACGGCUUCGUCACGACGGCGCACAACGUGUCGCAGGCGUGGCACAACAUCUUCGAGGCGGUGCAGACGGCCCGCAAGGCCUUCAACCUCACGCCCCUCCCCUACAACCCCUUCAGCCUCUCCGGACAGCAGAUGACCGGCCUCGGACAGGACCCGGUCAAGUUCCUCAUCGAGCAGCUUCCUGGCGUCGUCAAGUGCCCCGAGUACACGUUGAAACUGCACAACGUGUCGAAAAAGAAGGCGAAGAAGCUGGCGGCGACCGAGCCGAAGCUGAACCUGUCAGGGUGCGUGCGCACCGAGCCCUACAAAGGCCGCCACCCGUACGACAUGUUCGGCUGGCUGGCGUCCGAGCACCGAAAACCGCCGACCAUGCCUGCUGACGACUUUGAGCAGCCAAUCAGGAGCAAGUCGAGCAGCAACCUUCCGAUGGCAAUGCGCUUCCGGCAGCUGAAGAACAACGCCAGGGUGAAAGUGGGCGUGUUCCGCUCGCUGAUCCACGGCCGCGGCCUCUUCUGCAUCAGGGAACUCGAGCCCACUGAGAUGGUCAUCGAGUACGCGGGAGAGGUCAUCCGUUCGAUCCACACGGAUCGGAGGGAGAAAAUCUACGAGUCAAAGGAAAUCGGCUGUUACAUGUUCAGAAUCGAUGACGACACGGUCGUCGACGCCACCAUGAAGGGCAACGCCGCCAGGUUCAUCAACCACAGUUGCGAGCCAAACUGCUACUCUAAAGUGGUGGACGUGCUGGGAAAGAAGCACAUUCUGAUCUUCGCGCUGCGGCGGAUCGUGCCUGGCGAAGAGCUGACGUACGACUACAAGUUCCCCUUCGAGGAGGACAAGAUCCCGUGCACGUGUGGUUCGAGAAGAUGUAGAAAGUAUCUCAACUAGUCUCUCACUCAACAAACAGUCAGUCCCUCUUUUUUUCUCAGCCGGUGUCGAUUCUUUUCCCACUCAAUACACAACACAACCACUAAGUAGAUGAUUAUCAAAUACACUAGCCGUAUUCAUUAACAGAUUUUAGCCACACACACACACACACUCAACGGAGCACUCUCUUAUUAUUUACUAUCGAUUCGUACUUAAAUUUCUGAAUAGUCAUCAAAAGGAUAUACAUAUUUUAUUUUUUAUAUGAUUUUUAGUGAUAGAAACUUUCUAGGUCAAAUUGUUGAUAUUUUUUGCUUAAUUAAAGGAGGAUGGGGUGCUCCAACACGUUAAUUAUAUCACAAACACACACAUUAUUGUUGCGCAGUUAAUACGAUAAGCACAUUGAACUACAUUAUGUAAUUGUGUCAGUCGUUGGUUCUUUCUCCUCAUUCAUUUGUUCUCGGACGGGGCAAAAACGAAAUCUCGAGCCCAAAUUUGAUGUGACGACAACCGAAAUUGUUGCGACUAUGAUCGGGCUGUGUUUCAACUAUUUAAAAUUUGUAACAAAAAUUCAAAAUGUGAUAAAUUUUUAUUAACUCUCUCUCUCUCUAUCUCUGUCUCUGUCGUGUCUCUUUUUACGUUUACGCAUUUGUAAAGCUUUUGUCUGUACAUACACAUAUUUAUGGAGGAGGCGAAGGAGGAGGAAAGAAGAGUGCGUCUGCGCGUCUGUCUCUCGUCUAGAUCACUUUUAAUUUUAAUUCGCUAUUAUAUCAUCCGAUUGAUUAACAUCGCAGCAGACUGUGAGUUUGUUGGUUCGAGUAGUCUGUCUAUUGUGUGCCUGUUUGCAAUUUACUCUAAACUUGUCUUGAUCUUGAUUUUGAUUACGAUUGUCCAACGUAACGUUUAAGGAAGCUACAAUGAAUGCCUUGUUGCCAUGGCCUUACUCUCACAUUAUUCGUCGCGUAACUAACCUAAGUAACUGAAAACGAACUGCAAACAACGUCGGCAAGAAAGAAAAGUCCAGCUGGAAUCUGUGAAAAUCUGUGCUAAAUUGUUGAAAAUCCCAAAUUUGCGAAUAUUGGCAAUAAAAAACACGUUUUAGAAUUUACACUA